CACCCCCUUCCUUUCUACACCUCCAUGCAACAAAGCUCUGGCUCUUUGCACCCCAACACCACCACCCUUUCCCCCGAAUCACAACUGCAACCUCACUCUUUGUCCCCACCCUCCUCCAAACGCAGUCUGUGCUCCCCACCUCCCAGCCCAGCCCCAGCCCCACUAUUUUGGCACGAGGCAGCGCUUCCACCUCCGCUCGCCUCAUUUCCAUAAAUACUGCUCUCUAGGAAGAGGCUCUCGCCCACCCCUCAAGCACUACUAAAGUUCAGGUUUUUGUAGGGGACCAAUAAUCCCACCGUUCGGUUCACCGAGCUCCUCAGUUUGCAGGAUUGCAAACUCAUUCACCACUACUUCUAUCGCAACUUCUCCAGGGAAAGUAUUUCACAAGCAGGCACUGAAAAAAAAAAAAAAAAAAGCGUGGCUCUAGCAUUCUCCCUGGCUGGCUUCCUGAGGCUGGAUAAUCAUAGCCUUUCCGAACUCCAACCUCAGGAACACGGCAUAAUGGCAAAUGUCAGGCAGACCACUCGGAAUUAAGCCGAAGACAAACAGCUUCCUUUAUUCGGUGUGACAUCUUGGGAAUGCUCCAGGAGCAGCUCAUACGUCUCCCUGGCUGUGCUGCGUUCAUUUGUUCCCUCCUGCUCUCCACCGACAGCUCCCUUCCCAGCUUGAUCUGCCUGCCCCAUACCCGCUGCUCACGCGCUGCCUCCCCUGCACACCGACACUCCUCUUUGUGCCUGCAGCUGUGUCUCAAUUUACCAAAAUUUGGGACAAAGGGGCAGAAAUGGCUCCCAGCAAACAAAAAGCGGUAUCGUAGGUGGCUCCUGUUGGGAACAGGUCUGCUCAGCCUGGCAGCUUCGGGAGCAUUGACGGGGAUUUCACCUCGCCAGGCUCCCUGGAAAAUUCGGGAGUGUUGUGGCACAGAUCCAGCUGAGGGAGAUACUGAAGGAUCCUUCCCCUGCCAGGCCGGGGCUGCUUGGGGAAGCAGGCAAUGUCUGAGUGCCAUGGAGCACCCAGAAGCAGGAGGCAGACCCCGUCCUCCCCCAGCACCCAGCACCCAGGAGUUUGGUUCCCAAAGCCUCUUCCCCCAGCCAGCAGCUGUGGCUGGACACGGGGUAAAAGCAGUGAGCUGGCUGUCAGGAAUCUGUGGACAGAACCGGCUGAGCACAGCCUGGUAAAGCGCUCAGCUCAGUGGCAUUUCUCUUUUGGCCUAAACAAUUUGGGAACGCAGCAGCCUAUCUGCUCUGAAAUGACCGGUCCCUGUGAUAGCAGGCAGAGCCUUCUUGGUUUGGCAGAAAACCAGAAAAAAAAGAGUCAGAAAGUUGCUAGCGCUGGGCAGCAGAGGACAUGCCUUCAGCCACAGGAAGGGACCAGGGACCUCUGGUCUGCAGGGGACGAAAGGGUGGACAGCAGUAACCCGGUAAGGCAGAGGUUAGUCACCGAGUUCUAUAAUUAGGAAAUAAAUAGCGUGCUAAAUAAACCCAGAGCAGAAGCUUUUGAGGAGGGCGACAGAGCUGGAAGUUGGCAAUGAGCAACCGAAUGAGAAUGUGAUGGAAAAAUACUGAGCAGGUGGGCCACGUGCCACCUCCACGGCUGGCUUGUGUGAUGCAGCCCUUCUCCCAUCCCUGGCAUUUGUCUCUUUACGUUGUCAGCUCCUCAGGACAGAAGGCCAGUCUAUUUAGAGAUCUGCAAAGUGCCCAUUACGCUUUUAGACACCAUUUUCAGAAAACACAUAAGAGUCCAAAGAGCACUGUGCAUCCAGAUCCAACAGGCUCUCAAACAGCUGAGUGCUGCAGCCGGCGAGCCUGUACCUCACAGGCGCUGCAGGGAAGGCAGAGAGGAAAAAUCAUUGCCUUUAUUUCCAUCUGUAAAGCUUUUCUGUGCUCACAUGUCCCUGACAGGCACUUUGCUUACUUUCAGCUGGCAAUCAAACCCUGUCAUAAGAGAUGUUUUCUCUCUUGCUCCUGCUGCACUGGCGGAGAUCAACACCCCGAUGUUUCCUCCAGCAAAAAGGUUUCCUAAGAGGUGCAAAGUCCCUGGGUGUUCUUCAGUGUACCGGUGCACGGUGAGUUUGCUGACCAGGAGAAAAGCUGGGCCAACGGAAAUGAAGCAGAAAAAGAGUCGGUUCCUUACGGCAGCAACGAGCAAAAGAGAGAGGGAUGCGAAGAAUAAAACGUCACCGUCACCAAGGCGUUGCACGGCAUGUCUCAGCCUGGCCUUGCACUGCACCAAGUUCUCUCUGCCUGAUGUCUUCCCAAUUGCUGGGUUUUUAGAGGUAAAAUUACAGUGUUUUUCCUUGGCCUUGGUGUACAGAGCUAAGUGCCUGCCCAAUGCACAAGGCAAAGCUCUAUUCUUCCUGGGCCUACAGUUCCCAGCACAUACAUCUGGCUUCCUUUGCAGUACCCACACUAAUCAGAGGAAUCCUCCUGUCUCCGAAGCAUUUGGGUGUUGCUGGACACCCUCAUCCCACUGCAGGGCAGGAACAUCACAUGAGGGCCUGCUGGGCUGGAGCUGCCAAAUGGCUCCCUAUGAGGCAGGCAGGCUGGAAACGGAGCUCGGCUCUUCCCAGCACCCUGCCGUUACGGGACGGUUUAGGCUCCUGCUCGGAUGGCAUUUCCCCAGCAUGAGCUGUGCGCUGCGAGUGACACAGCCUCCUGGCUGCGGGCCACAUCCUGCGCACACCACUGCUCCCACAGCAGCCAGCCGCACCGUGCUGAGCAUCGCGGGGCUUCGGCUGCAGCAGCAGCAGCUCCCCACAUGCUCAGAGGGAGGGCAGCUUCCUUCGCAAGCCGCAACCCAGAGGCUGUUUUAAUAGCCUGCAGCCGGGCUUGCACUCACAAACACGCCUGCUUCCUCCCCGCCACCUCAACUCCUGCACCAGGAGGUAGAGCUGAACCCCCCCGAUCUUCUCCAGCUGACCUGCACCAGGUUCCUCCUUCCCCGCCUGGAGACGCAGCACCUUUUCCACCCCAUUCCUUCUCCUUGCCAUAACCAGACAGCUCAGCAGUUCGGCUCCCCCUGCCACAGAAUUUGUGCUGCCAGCUAUUCAAUGUUUUUUCUCCCCCAGUUCUCAGAUCUCGCUCCUCACUGACAGGUCUGAGCACCCCUGUAUAAAAAGCUGCCAUAUGUUUUACUUCUCCUUCUCAGCAAGCGGGCAGAUAAGAGUUUGCUUUGCUGUGCUUUGUGGCAGUGUGCUGAAGAAAGCUCCCUGCUAAUAGCCAGUUCGCCUGGGCCCACUGUGAGCAGACAAGGUAUAACUGGAAUCAAUCGGACUGCAAUUGCGUGUAAUCAAACCCAAACACAUUCUUCAAAUACUUGGUUAAGAGGCUGAUACCGGAAGUUUAUCUAAUAAGCCUGUCUUGCGGCUUGAUCACAGGCAUAGCUCAGCAGACCUCAGCCAAGCCACGUUAACGCCGUGUUUAAUAACCACCACGCAGCCUGGACAUUUUUACCAGGUUUGUUAAAGGCUGAAGAUAAGGAGUUUGGCUCCUGCUUGACCGCAAGGUGCGGGAUCGCUCCUAUAGCGAGGAGAAGAGGCACUGAGGCGCUGCUGCUGUACCUCUUCCACCUUUUUCGGCUCAGCAGUCCCCGUGCUGCCCUUCCCCGAGCUCCCUCCUUCGCGGUGACUCAGUGCACGGCAGUUACUCAUCUCUCCAGAUACACAACUCUCUGGAAAAUGUGACUUGCGCCCUGAAAGCUUUCUCGACGUAGGAAGCUCCAACUCCCGGUAAACAGAGGAGACAAGAUGACUGAAAUCAGGGAAGGGAUUUUUCCACCCAGUUACAUAAAGUGACCAGAAAACAUAGCUAGGAACAGCUGAUGUUACUAGGACUGUAACACGUUGCCCUUUUGGGACACUCUGAGAGGAGCAAGUUGAUAAACAUCGCAUUGCAGACAUUUCUUUCGUUAUUAUUUGUUUUCUUUCUGUGCCUAGACCCGCAGGCUGUUUUUGGAUGGGAGGAUUUUGCUGUCAGCGAGCCAUGCCACCCGUCCUGCGGGAGGCAGCCAAAUGGCUCCCCAGUGUCUCUGAGCGGCCAGGAGCCCUCCUCGCCCCUCAGGGUCACAUUGAUCAUGCCAAGGUGGGCCCCUGGCCAUGCACUGUCCUGGUGAAGCCGCAGCCACCAUUUUGGAAGUCCAAAAUGGAGCACAUCAUUCUCGCUAUAACCACCUGAAAGGAAGGUGUGAGGAGCUGGGGUUGGGCUCUUCUUGCAGAUAAGUAGCAAUGGGACUAGAGGGAAUGGCCUCAAGUUAUGCCAGGGGAGGUUCCGGUUGGAAAUUCUGAGACAUUUCUUCUCAGAAAGAGCAGUCAGGCAUUGGGACAGGAUGCCCAAGGAGGUGGUGGUGUCACCGUCCCUGGGGGUGUUCAAGGAGAGGUUGGACGUGGUGCUUGGGGGCAUGGCUUAGUGACAGUGGUGGUAGGGGGAUGGUUGGACCAGAUGACCUUGGAGGGCUUUUCCAAUCCCAAUGAUUACAUGAUGAACCCUAAGCAACCAUUUUUAAUCGCCAGGCAGCCCUACACCGCCAGCACUUCACGCAGGAACAACCUUUAUUGCACACCACCACCUCACGCCCCACUGGAGCUGCUCCGCUCCCUCAGUAGAGCCCAGCCCUGGGGCCACCGAGGGCCGGGCGUGCCCCGGCUCCCUGGGCUGCCCUCCCCACAGCCGGGGUUCGGGCCCCGGUGGCAGAGAGCGGCCGGCGGCGAACAAAACGCCUCAGCCCCGGCAGCCGCCUCACUCCGCGGCCAC